AUGGGCUUUUUCUGCCUGGUCAGCGUCUCCUGUAAGGUGCCCCCUGGGAAGCCCCAGCCUCAGCCUCUGGAUGGGACAGCUGCCUUCACCCACCGCUUCUCAGGAAAUCACUACAGCAGGCACCCCGACCACCCCCAUGGCAAGAUUCCAGGUCAAGAGGACCCAAGAAGGGCCCACAUUGAGCUGGGGCUUCCUGAGAAGAAUGGGGCCUCGGAGAACAGACUCAAGUCCAUGGAGACCAGAGGAGAGCCGCAUCUGUGGGGUGUCAGGAGGGAGACUCGGGACAAAGCACUGCUUCCCCCCAGGACCCAGUCCCACCAGCCCCCCGGGGAACAGCUGGGAAAGGGGCCUGGAGCAGAGUGCCCCGCCGUCCCGGGCUCAGACGUAGCUGGCCUGGCCCCCUCGAUCUCAGACUCCAGUCUCCAGAGCGGAGAGGCCCUCGGUGUUAAGCUUCACCAGGGCCGCCUGCGCCUGCGUGGCCGCCUCGGCUCCGUGUUCAGGGGACGGUCGGGCCACCCUCAGCCUGGCCCUCGAGCCCUCGGCCGCCUCCCUCAGGGGAUCAACCACCACGUGGGCGUCCCUCUCAGCUGCCGCUCCGUCCUGCUGAAGGGCCCUGGAGAGACCCGGCCUCCAGGAGACCCAGGCUGCUGCGAGAAAGGGGUGUGGAGCCAAGCGGAGACCCCCAUCCGGAAAGCGAGGCUGUCUGGCGAUGCUAAGUUGCACCACUUGGGUACGGGUCCCCCGACACCCCCACCCGAUAGUUCCCCUUUUCCUCUGUGGUCAGUCCUGACUCACAGGUCUCCGGACAGCCUGGGGGUGUCGGGGUCCCCACCCACCCCGAGGGGUCUGCACUGCCCCACCUGGGAGCUGCACAUUCCUGUCUGCAGACCCUCCCUACCCCAGAGCGACCCUGGCUGGGCCCUGAGGCCGGCUCAGACCCGCCGCCCUCCCCUGGGGACCCCAAGCACCAUUCUCAUUGGAGCCCUCCCCACUGUGGGAGAGGACCGGACGGUCAGAGCCCAGCCCCUUACACUGCGAGCCAAGCAGCGGAGGCUCCGAGAGGUCAGGUCAGAACUGGCGCUGCACAAUCAGGAGGCAGACAGCAGCCACGGCUCCUCUGCUCAGAUCACCCCAGGGAGCGUCCUGUCCAGCAGGACAAGCCGACACCCACCCCAGCAGGCAGCCAGGCGGGGGGCCACUCAGCCCUGCCUCUGGCCAGCCGGGGAGUCAGGGGCUGAGGCUCCUUUCUGA